GGAAGGGAUGAGCUUCCAGGAUGUUGAAUCGGGCGGGCCGAUUCUGUGGAGGAGAGACGCGGCGGCGAACACAAUGCAAGAGCCCACGCAGGCGGUGGCUGCCGGCGUCUUCCAGAUCAAUACGGCUGUCUCCACUUUCCAGCGACUUGUCAACACUCUGGGAACGCCCAAGGAUACCCUUGAGCUCCGAGAACGGCUGCACAAAACAAGACUACACAUUGGGCAGCUUGUGAAAGAUACUUCAGCUAAACUUAAGCAAGCUAGUGAAACAGAUCAUCACACUCCAGUCAGUGCUAGCAAGAAAAUUGCUGAUGCUAAGCUUGCAAAGGAUUUCCAAGCAGUUCUCAAGGAGUUUCAAAAGGCACAAAGACUUGCAGUUGAGAGAGAAACUGCAUAUGCACCCUUUGUUCUCCAAACAACUCUUCCGUCAAGCUAUAGUGCAAGUGAGGUCCAUGAUGGAAUUGAGAAAACACCUGAUCAGCGUUCAAUGCUUACGGAGGCGAGAAGACAAGAACUGAUACUCAUUGACAAUGAGAUUGUUUUCAAUGAGGCCAUCAUUGAUGAAAGAGAACAAGGAAUACAUGAGAUUCAACAGCAAAUUGGUGAGGUGAAUGAUAUAUUCAAAGAUCUUGCUGUUUUGGUUCAUGAUCAAGAAGUUAUGAUCGAUGAUAUCGAUUCCCAUAUCGAGAACUCCCUCGUAUCAACUGCACAAGGAAAAACUCAACUUUUGAGAGCAUCAAAAACUCAAAAAUCGAAGUCAUCGCUGAUCUGUUUGCUCUUGGUGAUUUUUGGGGUUAUUCUGCUUAUAGUGAUCAUUGUUCUUGCAGUUUGAAGCAUUGGAGUUUUGACUCUGUAAUUCUUCAUGAUUUGAUGUAUAUGCCUCAGCUGUUUCUUUCUUUGUGAUCUUUCUAUGUGACCUUUAUUUCUUUUAUUUUCAUUGUUUGUGUGGUAUAGUUAUAACUGUUUGCUGGUCCUGUAAUGAAGAUUAUGUUUAAUAAAAUCAAGAUUCUUUGAUUUAA